AUGGCGGAGAAGUCGGUGGAUGGAAAAGGUUUCGUAUUUUUUACAGAGGUUUUUGUACGGAUUCAAGUCUACCCUUCAAAAGGGAAACGUACAAUUAAAAAAGGUGCUUAACUGACCGCAAAAACGGUUUAACACUUGAAAUGUUUCAUGUGGGGUUUAAGAAACGAGACAGUUUUUCAACAUAAGCUGACAUAAGUUAUUUGUUAUUUGUUUUUUCAGUACUUCACGUUAAUUCUGUGUCCAGUUUAGCUGCACAGCGACAACUACCUGGGCCAUGUGAGCAGGUAAGGUUAAAGUAAGAGGUCUAAACUGGCAUUUGACUAACAAAGACAAAAGCCAAACGAAUACGACAUCAUAUUUAAUGGUUAAAAUUAAGCUUAUGGGGUAAACGUGCUAUAAUUAAAAGGUUUUCAGCUUGUUAUCAUUGCAGGGAAAUAAGUUUUCAAGCAUUGUUUUUAUCUUCUUAUUUUCUACACGAUUUUUGUCUUUCUUUGCUCAUUUUUCACAUGUGCCUUACACAUAUGUGAGGUGAAUUGGUAAAAACCAUCCGUCGAGCUUUUUUCACUAUUCCUUUAAUAGUAAAACAUUUACAGUGUGUGGUGCCAGUAAUUGUGCUCACAUUUAAGCAAGUUUAUUUUUAGAGAAAAUAUCUUUGAGAUUUAUGAGAGAGCUUAUGGGGUGAAGUUUAGGUCUGGAAAUUUGCUAGAAAAUGGAAAUAAAAAUUGAUGAAACUUACCUUGUGGUGAGUUGUUGUUGUCCUUUAUAUGCACACAAAGUUUCGGAAAAAAUAGUCUCCUUCAUCUUUCCUACAUAGUAUAGUGACAAGGUAGGAGGCUGACGGCAGCACUGGGGCUCUGAUGGACCCCAAACCAGCAUGAUUUUCUUCGCAAAAAUCGAAUCCAUUUGCUAAAUAAACACGCCAGGCUCGUGGAACAUGAAUUUCUCUAAACCCUGACUCCAGCUAGCAACGCUAAGCCAGUAGUUUCUGUAGAACUUAUGUGUUUACCUAUUAAAAUGACAGCCAGAAGCCGUUAGAAUCACAACUGGUCCAACUGAGCUCGGGAUGCCUGGUGACAAGUAUAAUGAGUCCCCAUGGACGGAAGGGAGUACCACUCACCGUCCGACUGCACCCUUUCCUCCACGGGGACGUAAUUAUUAUACUUGUCACCAGGCACCUCGAGCUCAAUGACAUUUUUGAAUUGGACCAGUUGUCAACUGGAUUCGAUUUUCACGAAAAAAAAAUCGUGCUUUUUUGGGCUUGAUCGGAGUCCCAACACUAUUGUCAGCCUCCUACCUUGUCACUAUACUAUGUAGGAAAGAUGAAGGAGACUAUUUUUCCCGAAACUUCAUGUGCAUAUAAAGGACAACAACAACUUGCCGCAUGGUAAGUUUCGUUGAUUUUUAUUUCCAUUUUCUAACAAAUUUCCAGACCUAAACUUUGCCCUGUAUGUUCUCUAUAUUUACUCAUGCUAUAUGAAACCCGUAUGUGACACAAAUAGUGAGCCUGGAUUACCCGUGGUUCCACUGUGCAAUUACCCUCAUUAAGUUAUUAAUCCUUUAAUUUUGCUCAAAUAUUUACAGGUAUGACUUAAUACAGACAACAAUGUAGUUAGAACCACAUUAUUUUGUACAGAUGAAAAGGCAUUGUGUUACCUUUGUGCAAGUAAUAUUACUAUUAAUAUUAAGUAAAAACUGAAAUUUUAUUGUCCACUGGACAAGUGGAUUUUAUUUUUUUUUUCCUUCCCUGGAUAACCAGCUUUCAAACAAUUAACAGUAUUAUUUCUAGCAACAAAUCAGUCAACUAGAGUAAUUCUCUUGAUAAACAGAACAAAUGCAACACAGAAACCUAAGUUACCUUAAAACGUAUUAUAUUAUUAUAAUACUGUUAGUCACUGUAACUUACUACUGCAGUGUAAGUAGAAGUUAUUGUCUGGUAGUAAAACAUAUUUAAUUUUCCAGAAAAAUGUCUGUGCAUGGCAAAUUGAACAUGAAGCACUCAUUGUAAUUCUCAGAGGGCACCUGGGGGAAUGAAAACCUGAACCGAAAGCUUGCCUUAAUCAUCUGAACAGGUAGGUAACAAUGCAAACCCCCCGCCUCACAGCUGUUGCUACUACAUGUUAUCUUGAAGACAAAUUUGCUGUUGUUGCCUCAAUACCAAGCAGAAUGCAUGAUGCAAAUGUUUUAAAACCAUUCACUCUUUAAUAAACCAAUUUAUGUAUAUGUUGUAGUUAAUUUUUUAUAUAUCUCAGGCAAAUUUUGUUUUUCUUUUGUUUUUGGGUAUGGCAAUGUUGCUAAUGAAGUGGAAAAAUAAAAAUUACCUGAGAUAAAAAAAUAAUUACCACGUAAACAUGUACAUCCAUAGGAACCUUGCAAGAAGCGAUCACUCAAGACACCACAUACAUUGAAGCAGUCAGUAAAAUACUGAACACAUCUAUUAUUGUGCAGUUCCAGAAAAAAUAUCCAUACCCCCCACAGAGGGAACUUUUACUUUACGGUAACAGUAAAUAACUGAUAGCUUUCUCAACAGAGAAGCUGCUAUUUAUUAUUAAUUGACCAAUCUUACUCAAACUCCCUGGAAAAAGACCUCUGUAAGCAACCCCCGACUCCCUUGGAAAUUGCCUCCUUUUUGACACCCCCCCCCCCCCCUCCCCCAGAAUUUCCAUUGCCCUUAUGGAUAUUUUCUGCAACUACACAUUACACUUGCCAAAGGGAGGCGGUAGAGGGAUAAAAGAGUUUUAAAAUUCUGCAAGCAAAGCAACCUUGUUAUAAAAAAGACAAAUGCAAAUCUCAUAUUGGCUACUGAUUCAGUAAACAGUACUACUGAUUUUUGUAACCAUUAUUUCUCCAGGAUAACGUUCAUGUUAUACUGUGUUUUUUUGUAGGAGUAAAAUGCUGGGAAAGGGAAAUGAUACAUGUCCAGUUGAAAGUUGUAUCAGAAUUCAACCAAGAUGUCCAUAUGAGGAAGGUUGACAGGGAUGGAAGGAACUAAUACCUUUCCAACUUCUGGUAGGUUCAACCCAUAAGUCCCAAUAAGCGUUACACCAAGUAAAAGGAAUUUGGGGACCACACGAGGCAAAGAGAAAGUGUUUUGACCUCGGCAUGAUUGGCACCCACGGACGAUCUCCAAGUUGGAUCUGUUUUUGCUCUACUGAUUAUGCCGUGAACCCUGCGUGGAGCAAGUCGUGGGUAAUUUGUGUGGCAGAUCGCGUCGAGGGUAAAAUGUGUAAUUAAGUAAACGUACAUACCUAAUACUGAUCUCAUUAUUAUCUGCCAUGUACUUUGUUAGUACUGUGUCGGAAAUGAUGCAACAGACAAUUAUCUCUGGAGUGAAAAAUCAUCGACGGCUACAAAAAAUCCUUCAAACCCCGAUUAGCAUCUAUCAAUAGAUGUGCAAUGUGUAUUUCAACUUUUCGUUAUUAUUUCAGAGUUCCUGUCGCUGCCAAACCGCAGGAAUUGAUAUCAAAGCUUCUGUUCCUGGGAGUUCUUAGCAGGAAUUUCACUCUCGGCAUCAACAAGUGA